CACAUGCGCAGAAAUGACAGUAUGCGGGCGUCUGCUGUGAACCACGUCUAAGUUCACAAGUUGAUGAUAUGGCAUUAAGAUUUCUUAUUGAAUAAAAUAUUUUACUCUUCAUAUUAAAUCAAUUAUUAUUUGGAUACAUUAAUGAAUUAGUGCCAAAGUGAAUAAUACAAGUUACAUUAAAAUAAAGGCAAGCAAUUUAAAUCUUUGUAAUUUAUUUACGACAAAUAAAAGUGAUUAAACUAUAUAAGAAAUUGAAUUCAGGGCAUGAAAAGUGUUCUUUUUUUACACAUGUAAUAUUCGUCCUAAUUAUUUUCUACAUCGCAUUUUCAUUGAUUAUUUGUUGGAGAUUAUAUGGAAUUUAGAUAUUAAAAAAUGUCGAGAAAGAGACCGCAUGAUAUUGACGAGAUGGAAAGUAAUAUUAAAAACGAUAAAACAAAUCAGAAUGGAGAUCAUGCUUCGUCUUCGAGGGAAGAGUCACCAUCUUUUCCGUCAAUUUGCAAAGAGGCACCAUUUAUGGAUGAUGACGAAGCAAUUUUAGAAAGAAAAUGCUGCGAUUAUAAUAUCAAAAUUUCUGUAGAAAUGGCUCGAGCUGGAAAAGCUCCGAGGAAAAUUCGUGUAUACGCAGACGGAAUUUAUGACCUUUUUCAUCAAGGUCAUGCUCGACAAUUGAUGCAAGCUAAAAAUCUUUUUCCGAACAUUUACCUUAUCGUGGGAAUUUGUAAUGACGAGUUAACUCAUACAAGAAAAGGAAAAACAGUAAUGAAUGAAUUUGAAAGAUAUGAUGCUGUUAGGCAUUGUCGAUAUGUAGACGAAGUUGUAAGAGAUGCGCCAUGGACAUUAGAAGACGAUUUUAUUGAACAAAAUAAGAUUGAUUUCGUUGCCCACGAUGCUAUUCCCUAUAGUACAGAAGAUGAAGACGAUCUUUAUGCGAAAUUAAAAGAACGAGGUAUGUUCGUAGCAACACAAAGAACAGAAGGUGUUUCAACGUCAGAUAUUGUAGCAAGAAUAGUCAAAGAUUAUGAUAUCUAUGUGAGAAGAAAUCUCGCUCGAGGUUAUACAGCAAAGGAUCUUAACGUCUCAUUUUUAAACGAUAAAAAGUUUAGGCUACAAAAUAAAUUCGAUGACCUUAAAGACAAAGGGAAACAAAUAAUGGAGAAUUUUGGUGAAAAACGAAUGGAUAUCAUCAGUAAGUGGGAGGAAAAAUCACGAGAUUUUAUAGACACUUUUCUAUUGUUAUUUGGCCGUGAAGGCCGAAUUUCAACAAUAUGGAAUGAAAGCAAAGGUCGUUUAAUGCAAGCGAUCUCGCCUCCUUCGAGCCCGAAAAGGAAUGGCAGUCCUCAUAGUAGUUAUUGCCUUAGCAAUGACGAAGAACGUGCAAGUCCUCCACCUAAAAAAGCAGGUCGUUUUGAAUUUUCAAAAAAUGGACACUAUUUUCACGAGGAUUAUAGUGAUGAUGAAGAAGAAUAUCGAAUGUCAAAGUGAUCCUUGGAAGAAUCUGAGGAUCUUCUCAAUCGACUCGACCAAAUCUAGGAAAUUUUAUUUAAAAAAAAAAAAAAGAAAGAAAAAAAACCUGUUACACUACAAUAAUUAAAUUGUUUACUUUACAAUAUGUAAUAGAUUUUAGUAUUUUUGUUUUUCAAAUUUUGCUUCACAUCAAUAAUUAGUUUUUAAUUGUAAAUUUUAUGCCGCCCUUAAAUAAUGUCGAAUUAAUACUUAAUUUAAACAAACUCUGUACGUACUUAAAUUUUUAAGAUAUUUGCAUUUUAUUUUUAAUUGAAAACGAUAAUAUUUUUUAUUCAGUGAGUUUUUUUGACAUGUGGGCAUUAUAGAUUUUAAAAGAGUUCUACUAUAAUUAAAAAAUCGAUUUAAAAUCAUGAUAUUAAAAAAAAGAAAAGAAAAAAAUAGUUAAAAAUAGUUGUGAUAUAAAAAACAAAUUUUUGUGUAACACGUUUCAAUAGAUUAAUAUUAUUAAGUUCGUAAACUGAACAAUAAGACAACGGUUCUAGACUUCUUUGAAUGUGUAUAAUAUUUUGUAAUACAUACUAUUUGUUGAUGAUGAUGAUGAUGCUGAUGAUGAUGAUGAAAAUGAUGAUGGAAAAAGAAAACAUGUAAAUUAAAAUUCUUAAAAAGGAACAUUUUUUUGAAAAAUUUGUGUGAUUAACUUUAGAGAUUGUUGACGUCAAGUAUAUAAUACAGGAAUUGAGGACUGUAAGAAUAUUGAUCUGCACAUUGUAUUUCGAAUUUAAAAAAAAUAUAUUUUGUUUCGGGUGAGUUUUUUUUUUUAAAUAGUUUUUAAAUUCACUAUAGCAAUUUUAUAUGGACUAUUUUAUAUAGAAGAAACGAUUUCUAAAUAAUAGUUUUUAGGAAUGAUAAGAACGCAUUGUUUGUAUAAAUUGUCGUAAUAUAUUUAGUUUUCUUUUUUUUGUAAGUAUUAGCGAUACCCAUCGAAGGAAACGCGUUGCGAAAAAAAUUAAUAUAGAGGAAAUAUUGUUGCUAAAAAAAAGAAAAAACUUGCUGUUAACUAGAUAUAUUUGUAAAUUUAUCUCUUUAUUAUUUAUAUAAAUUUAAUCUUUUUA